AUGUCGAGCCAGGUCAACCUGAAAGACCGUAAUCUGUUGGCUGUUAUUGGAGAUGAGGACUCCAUCACGGGUCUGCUCCUUGCCGGAAUAGGACAUGUCGACCAGCACCAAAAGAAGAACUUCUUGAUCGUUGAUUCAAAGACACAAACCAGCGUCAUCGAGUCUGCUUUCCAAGAGUUCACCGAACGGAAAGAUAUCGCCAUCCUCCUCAUCAACCAGCAUGUCGCCGACAAGAUCCGACCGUCAGUAGACAAAUACCAGGCUGCCUUCCCUGCCCUGCUCGAGAUCCCGAGCAAGGAACACCCAUACGACCCAUCGAAGGACUCAGUGUUGAAGCGCGUUCAGAAGCUCAGAGGAGAUUAG